AUAAAAAAAAAGGUCAUGAAGACACCAUCUUCUUCCUCACAGAAACAAAGCUCCUUAAUAAUAAAAAAUUGGUUUCACACAUUCUCUUAUGCAGUUUGGUUCUUUAAUGGAGGUCCUCACUAUUCACGCUCCCAAAACCCUAGAAAUUGGUAAAACAAAAAGGAAAAAAAAUAUUUAACCAUUAAAAGUUUAGUUCUUUGGAAAAAUCAUUAUCUCUAAUUGUUUCUUAAUAUCAAAACUCAUCGUUAAUUAGUCAAAUUUCAUCCACAUUUGUUGAAUUCCGAUAGCUAUUUCCCACAAACAAUGCUUUGAUCAUACCAUGUAUUCUGUUUUUAUUAUUUAUUUAAAUCUAUUUAAGAAAGGUGUCAGCUUUAUUGAGAAGGACCACAUUAUUUAGUUGUUGUGGGAAAAAUUGUAUCUUUUUAGUUUCUUUUUCUUAUUAGUGUAGCCAAAAUUAGUGUGAUUAUAGUGAAGGUAAUUUUGGGGGUUGAUGGAGAGCAAUGAAGGAGGUGAUGAUCAAGAAGGUUCUGGAUGGAUGCAAGUGAAAAAGGUUGCCUUAGAUUGGGCAUUUUAUUGGACCACUUUGUGAAGAAAAUGGUGAAUUAGUCAGGCUAGUUCCAUAUUCUUGGACCAUUUAGUCUAUUUGUUAAUCAAUGUGUGAACUUCUUGUGCAGAAGCACAGAAGCAGUUCAAAGUUAUCGCUGCAUGGUUGGGUUGGAGGAUCAUCUCGAGGAACUGCUUCUGGCAAUCCAGACAGUCAGCCAUCAUUGGGUGUAAAAAGUGAGGAUCUUAAAUCUGCUGUUCAGCAUUCAAAAGGAAGUCGCCCUUGUAUUAUAGAUGAUGCCGUUACUUCAGUUCCAAAGGAAGAUGCAGUAAUUGUGCACGAUAAAUGUGUAGUCAGUCAUGGUAGUACUUCUGUUAGUUUAGGUUUUUCAACAGAUUCCAAUCAAGGAAUCAGUCGGGAACAUCCUCAAAGAAAUAACCAUGAAAUCCUACCAAAAAUCAAGUGGGGUGACUUGGAUGAUAGAGCUUUAACAUCUCAUUUUGGAAGUACUGUCCAAGCAGAAAUUAAAUUUGGUGACAUUCAAAAUCAUGAUCUGCUUAGUAGAAAAACUGAUCAAACAAAUGAUUCUUUUGUACACACUACUCCAACUGAUCUUGAGCAAAAUAGAUUGGUUGCAACCACGGAGGAUGGAAACCAUCAAAUUCUCGACUCUCGUCCUCUGUCUCCCAAGAUUGAAUCUGUUGAAGAGAACUAUGCAAAUCUGAAGGAGUUAUCUUCAGAAAAUGUUAAUACUACUGCUGUUUCUCCUCUUAGUAGAGGACAAUGUGAACAUACCCAGCUUGAAAAUGGCGACACUUGCAACAGCCCUGGCAAAAGGGUUAAAUCUGCUGCCAGAGAAGGGCCUAGCCGGGUAAGGAUUCCCAAUGUCAAAUCUGAAGAGGCUUGCAUGGAAAUCCCUGAAGUGGAUAGUCUUAAUCAGAAUAUACAAACAGUGGUAGUUUCCCAGGAUCCUGAAUUACUGUCACCUACUAAAGGAAGAUCAGGAAACAUUGGCCAGUCGGUUGUGGAGUCCUCUAAUGAAGAAAUUAGGAACAAACGCGUUGAUUCCAUCAUUGAGGAUUUAUCAAAAACUAAUUCGAGCAGUAUUGAUGCUGAAGACACUGGUGAAAGUAAAGAAAGGUUCAGGCAACGGCUCUGGUCCUUUCUUUUUGAGAAUCUUAAUCGGGCAAUAGAUGAACUCUACCUUCUCUGUGAACUGGAAUGUGAUCUGGAGCAAACAAAAGAGUCUAUUCUUGUUCUUGAAGAAGCCACAUCUGAUUUUAAAGAACUGAGUUCAAGAGUGGAGGAAUUUGAUAGACUGAAAAAAUCCAGUUCUCAUGCGACUGACGGAACACCUCUUACCAUGAAGUCUAACCAUCGCAGACCACAUGCUCUGUCAUGGGAGCAUCUUUUAGUAGUAUCAAUGUAUAUCAUACACACAGAGACACAACAACAGCUACGCCUUAGUCUCAAACAAGUUGGGGUCCGCCGGAUGACAACUUCACCUCACAGGGCAGAAAUACUGGCUUCAUCUCUCGAAGCUUUUCGAAAAAUUCAACAUGAAAGAGCUAGUUUGUCAGCUACAGGUGUGGAGAAAAUGGGAUCUAGUUGUUAUGACCAUCAUUGUGGAAGUACUAGUGUUUCGGAGACGUAUAAUGAGAAAGCUGACAAAAAAAGCUGUUCCAGUGAAUCAUUCGAGAAGAGUAGGAAGCAGAGUAAUCCUUCUCAGGGAAGUUUCAGUAGAGAGAAGAGGCCUGUUGAUUCAGGCAAGUCUGCUUCUCAUGCAUCUAGAUUACCUCCUAAGGAGGGAGUUUCCACACCUGUCAGUGGAAAGAACAAGAAAGACAAUGAGAAAAAUCUAAAGCCUAUAGAUCAUUUGAAAAGACAUUAUGAAAGAGACAAGGAAAAGCGAAAUGGAAGCUCCUGGAGAUCAAUGGAUGCUUGGAAGGAGAAGAGGAACUGGGAAGAUGUACUCUCCACUCCACACCGAGUUUCAUCUCGCUUCUCACAUUCACCUGGCAUGAGUAGAAAAAGUGCAGAGCGUGCACGAACUUUGCACGACAAACUAAUGUCUCCUGAGAAAAAGAAGAAGUCAGCAAUUGACUUAAAAAAAGAAGCCGCAGAAAAGCAUGCUCGUGCGAUGAGAAUUAGAACUGAACUUGAGAAUGAGAGAGUUCAAAAGCUUCAGCGAACAUCCGAGAAGCUGAACCGUGUAAGUGAAUGGCAAACCGUGCGUAGUAUGAAAUUGCGAGAGGUAAUGUAUGCUCGGCACCAGCGUAGUGAAUCUCGGCAUGAAGCUUACCUAGCUGAAGUUGUAAGAAGGGCAGGUGAUGAAAGCAUAAAAGUAAAUGAAGUUCGAUUCAUUACUUCACUCAAUGAAGAGAACAAAAAGCUCAUCUUGCGCCAGAAACUCCAUGAUUCUCAGUUGAGGAGGGCUGAGAAGCUUCAAGUGCUGAAAACUAAACAGAAAGAAGACAUGGCAAGGGAAGAAGCUGUCUUGGAACGCAAGAAACUAAUUGAAGCAGAAAAGUUGCAGCGCCUUGCAGAGAUACAGAGGAAAAAGGAAGAGGCACAAGUAAGAAGGGAAGAGGAGCGUAAAGCAUCAAGUGCCGCACGCGAAGCAAAGGCGGUGGAACAGAUGCGGAGAAAGGAGGUUCGAGCCAAAGCUCAACAGGAGGAAGCUGAACUCCUGGCCCAGAAAUUAGCUGAAAGACUCAGAGAAAGUGAACAGCGCCGCAAAAUUUAUCUGGAGCAAAUACGGGAAAGAGCUUCAAUGGAUUUCAGAGAUCAGUCUUCACCAUUUCGUCGUUCUGUGACUAAGGAGGGCCAAGGUAGAUCUACGCCAAUGAGUAACUGUGAAGAUAAUAACGAUAACAAUGGCUUUGCUCCUGAAGGCUCUAUGCUUGCUACAACCCAGCAUUCUUUAAAACGAAGGAUCAAAAAAAUCCGCCAACGACUUAUGGCGUUGAAGUAUGAUUGUCCUGAGCCUUCAAUCAGUAUGGAAAAUGCAGGUUUUGUUUAUAGAACUGCAGUGGCAAAUGCAAGGGCAAAAAUUGCGAAAUGGCUUCAAGAACUUCAAAGACUUCGCCAAGCAAGAAAAGAAGGGGCUGCGAGCUUUGGACUAAUAACAGCUGAAAUAAUUAAGUUUUUGGAGGGAAGGGAUGCUGAGCUGCAUGCUUCUCGUCAAGCUGGUCUGGUUGAUUUUAUUGCUUCUGCACUUCCCGCAUCUCACACGUCAAAACCAGAAAGCUGCCAGGUUACAGUCUACCUUUUAAGGCUUCUGAAAGUUGUGCUUUCAGCGGCUGCAAACAAGUCUUAUUUUCUUGCUCAAAAUCUACUGCCCCCCAUUAUCCCGAUGUUGGCGGCAGCUCUUGAAACCUACAUCAAAAAUGCAGCCUCAUCAAAUGGCACUGCUUCUGCCAACCUGGUCACAUGUAAAGCAUCGACUGAAAGGUUGGAGUUAAUGUCUGAAGUUCUGGACGGUUUCCUUUGGACAGCAGCUGCAAUUAUUGGUCAUGCAAGUACGGAUGAACGUGCCCUUCAGCUGCAAGAUGGUUUAAUCGAGGUUGUAAUUGCAUACCAAGUUAUUCACCGGUUACGGGAUCUUUUUGCACUUUAUGAUAGACCACCUGUAGAAGGUUCUCCUUUCCCUUCAUCAAUUCUUCUUGGUGUAAAUCUGUUGGCAGUCCUUACAUCCAGAUUCAGAAAUAUGUCUUUAGUAACAUGUAAAAACUUUCCUACUGUAUCAAAUCGUAGAAAUGAAAAGAACGACAUCCAACUUGCUGAAGCUUCGGACUUGAAGUCUUCUCCUUUGUGCAAUUCCCAAAAUGAUGGUAAAUUGGUAUUUACUGGAAUAAAUGGUGUAGCCUUGUGUUUGCCGGAUGUUCCGGAGGAUAGCCCCCUGGAUGAAUUUCCUAAAAUAAAAGAACAUCAGGCUGCAGUUAAUGAUCUGAGCUCUGACAAAGUUGACUCAAUCGCUGCUAGCAUGGAAACUGUAGAUGUACUGCAGGAAUCCGCAAGCAACGUGACGUACAAUAACCUUCAGACAGACGAGAAAAAAUCUCAAGAUCACAGUAAAGGUCAUACUGGUGGAAAUGAAUCAGUGAUGAAGCCGGCUGUCAAGUUUCUUCUUUCUGCCAUAUCUGAGACUGGCUUAGUUUGUCUUCCAUCCAUGUUGACAGCUGUACUAUUACAGGCUAAUAAUAGAUGUUCUGAACAGCAGGCCUCCUAUGUCCUUCCAUCCAAUUUUGAAGAUGUGGCAACUGGUGUAUUGAAGGUGUUGAACAAUUUAGCAUUAAUUGACAUAUCCUUUAUCCAGAAGAUGCUAGCCCGACCAGAUCUGAAGAUGGAAUUUUUUCACUUGAUGAGUUUUCUUCUCUCUUAUUGCACAAGCAAGUGGGGCAUAGCAACUGACCAGAUCGGUUUGCUGCUGCUAGAAUCAUUGUCGCUUCUUGGUUAUUUUUCAUUGUUCCAUCCUGAAAACCAAGCUGUUCUUCGAUGGGGAAAGAGCCCUACUAUUCUUCACAAGGUAUGCGACCUUCCCUUUGUGUUCUUUAGUGAUCCUGAGCUAAUGCCAAUCUUGGCGGGCACCACGGUUGCUGCCUGCUUUGGGUGUGAUCAGAACAAGGAUGUCAUUCAGCAAGAACUCAGCACCGAUAUGCUCCUUGCUUUGCUGAAAGCUUGUAGAAGUAGUCCUCCAUCUGCUAAUUCUUUUACAGUAGCUAAUAAUCCAUCACUAGAUGAGGCUGGUGUAUCUGCUCAGCUGGGUUCUGAAUCUAAAAACCUUCAAGUUGAUGUUCCACUGAAGUCAAACCGCAACAAUCAACGCAAUGCUCGGUUCCUUUCCCAGAGAGGCGGUGCAUUGCCGACUACUAGAACUGCCAGGAUCCGAAGCUUAAAAGAGAACAAAGUGGUGAAGCCUUCUGAAGGCAAAGGUCUGAAGAGCAAUUCAUCUGUGCCUGAAAGCACUGUUGCAUGGAUGUUGCAUUCUAGACUAUCUACUGACGUACUUGAUAAAGCAGAGCAGUUUUUUGCUGCAGUCAUCUGCAAUGAGAAUGCAGAAUUAUGAAUUUACUUCUGUAUAGUGUAUCCAUUCUUUUGAGUGCUUAAUGCCAAAUAAGGGCAGUAUAUGACACCGUAAUCUUCUUUACAGUGAGAUAUUAUGGUUAUUCGUCCAGAACUGCUCAAAAAGAACCUGCCCAUCAAAGCUUAUAAUACUUCUGUGGCUGUUCAAAAGCAUAGAACUAAAAUUGGUGAUGUAGGUUCCUUUAGGUUCUAUAUUAAGAUAAUUGCAGCAGCUGUUGCUUGA